AAACAACACUAGUGAGCUGUCAGAUUCGAGGAGAGUCCCGUAAGAACACACUGUUACCUUCUGAAUUUAAUAAAAGCUUAUUUAGCUGCUGCUUCUUCUCGGUCUCCUUUCACCAUGUCGCGCAACGACCGCAACACUUCAUCAUACAUGGCGAGUUCCUUGAGCCACCUGUCCAACAGGAUGAAGCUGGAAUGGACUUCCAAGCUCAGCACCGAGUACCAGCCAGCAAAAAACUAUCGCAGGACCUCCAUAAUCUGCACCAUCGGUCCCAAGACAAACUCCGUUGAAACCAUCAACAUCCUGCGCAAAGCCGGGCUCAAUGUUGUGCGCAUGAACUUUUCUCAUGGAACUCACGAGUACCACCAAUCGGUCAUUGACAACGCAAAAGAAGCUGAGAGAAUCCAACCAGGCCGCCCCCUUGCUAUUGCACUCGAUACUAAAGGACCUGAAAUCCGCACCGGACUUACUCCAGAUAAUAAAGAUAUUCCAAUUUCUGCUGGGACAGAGUUGAACAUCACCACACAUGAUGACUUCGCAGCCAAGAGCGACAACAAGAACUUAUACGUGGACUACAAAAAUAUCACUAAGGUAAUUGAAAAGGGCAAGCUUAUCUUCGUCGACGAUGGAGUUCUCUCGUUUGAAGUCCUGGGUAUUGUGGACGAUCAGACACUCCGCGUUAAGUGUCUCAACAAUGGAACUAUCUCUUCCAAGAAGGGAGUCAACCUUCCCGGCACUGAUGUCGACCUCCCGGCUCUUUCAGAGAAGGAUAUCGAUGAUAUUAAAUUCGGUGUUAAAAAUAGGGUCGACAUGAUCUUUGCUUCAUUUAUCCGUCGUGGCGAUGAUAUCAAGCGUAUUCGAGAGGUCUUGGGAGACGAGGGCCAUGAAAUCCAGAUUAUAGCAAAGAUAGAGAACCAACAAGGUGUCAAUAACUUUGACGAGAUCUUGGAUCAGGCUGACGGCGUUAUGGUCGCGCGAGGAGAUUUGGGUAUUGAGAUUCCGGCACCAAAGGUGUUCAUUGCUCAAAAGAUGAUGAUAGCCAAGUGCAACAUCAAGGGAAAGCCCGUGAUCUGCGCGACGCAGAUGCUGGAGUCCAUGACGUACAAUCCUCGUCCAACACGCGCCGAAGUAUCCGACGUCGCCAAUGCAGUUCUUGAUGGUGCUGACUGUGUGAUGUUGUCUGGUGAAACCGCCAAGGGCAACUAUCCCAAGGAAGCAGUUGCUAUGAUGCACGAAACAUGCCUGCAAGCCGAAGUUGCUAUCCCCUACUUCAGCGUCUUCGAUGAGUUGCGGAACCUCUGCCCCAGGCCAGCAGAUACAGUUGAGUCCAUCGCUAUGGCUGCCGUGUCCGCUAGCCUCGAGCUCAAUGCGGGCGCCAUCCUUGUUCUGACCACAAGCGGCCUCACUGCACGUCUCCUCUCAAAAUAUCGACCGGUCUGCCCAAUUAUCAUGGUCACCCGUAAUGAAGCUGCGGCUCGGUACUCCCACCUUUAUCGUGGCGUGUACCCGUUCUUCUUCCCAGAGAAGAAGCCUGAUUUUAACAUCAGGAUCUGGCAGGAGGAUGUCGACCGCCGUCUCAAGUGGGGCAUUGCCCAGGCCCUCACACUGGAAGUCAUCUCUAAGGGCGACUCCGUGGUCUGCGUCCAGGGAUGGCGUGGAGGCCAAGGACAUACCAACACCAUCCGUGUCGUUCCAGCUGAACCCAACCUGGGCCUCGCCGAGUAAGCGAGCAAUUGCUCCAUCCUCGCCUUCAUGUUGCAUCCCCUCGCAUCUCAGAAAGGUGCUGUCACUUUUCCUGGUUAUAGAGAGCGGGGUCAUUUUGGGACGGGAUUUUUUAUGGUUCGAAUGUUGUUUAACAAAAAGAUCUUGGUUUCCCUUCGCCUUGGCGGCCUGGAUUUAUUUUUUCCACUGUUCGAGAUCUCAAGAGUCAAGCUUUUGUCAGAUUGCGAAUGUUUGGCGUCGAAAGAAAAAAAGUUCUCGGUAGUAACGAGUGAUGAUACACCUCAAUUUGAAUCUAUUCUUGGGCA